AUGUAUGGUCAGAAAGAAAGAGAUUUAAAUCCACGAAAAUAUUUAAUUAAAGAUCUUAGAAAUAAACCAACACCUUUUGAUGUAUGGAUACAGGGAACCAUAGAACAGACUGUAGAUAAGGAUAUUUUAAUAAUUUCUGAUUCACCAAAGAAUCUUGUUAAAGUCAAGAAUUGUAAAAAUGCUAUCGGAAGUUCCCAAAAAAACUUUAUUCGACAAGGGAUCUAUUGCUGUGUCAUAGGAACCGUUUUAAAGUCAAAUGCAUUACCAGAAAUAAAUGCCGUCAAACUGAUUGAUCUAAAUUCUCAACAACAAAUGAAGGAUGCUUGGGAAAACGAAGUAAAGGAGGCAUCUCUGGUGUUACAAGGAAUCUAUGAACCAAAAAUCAAAUAA